AAAUUACCUGUAGUUACAUUGAGCGUGAUGCUGAAGCUAUAAAUAGAAUAAUGGGAAACCGUUAAAAUUACAUGUACUUGCGUUUUUGAUCAUUUAUGCGAUUGAAAUAAAUGAUGCAUGGAUUUAUUUGCAACUUAAGAAUGUGCUUGAUUUACUAACCCUAUUUAUAGUUGUGAUAACUCGAUAUUCAGUGGUUUAAACUAUUUACACAUAAAUAUAUCUGGGAAUAUUAAAUAUUGUUAUAUCAUUAUACUAUUGAGAUAUGUUCGUAACAAUAAACGUCAAAGAUGGCGGAGUUGUCUGGUGUUGUCAAUAUUGAACGUUUUACUACAGAAAUUCAAAGUUUACCUAUAGGAAAUGACAUCAGAGUAGAACUGAAUAGUUGCUUACAAAACAUAACUGGAUUAAACCUUAGUGAUGUAGGCAAUACAAAUGAAAGAAAUAAUCCGCUAUCAAGAUAUGAUGACGUCAUAAUAUUACUAAAUAAAUUUGCAAAGGCAGCCGUUGAUGCAUUAGGGGCUUGCGAACUACUUCCGUUUCCAUUGGGAAUAAUUUGUAAAGUAAUCACAGAGGUUGUUGGAUUCAUGUUUAGCAAAGACAUAGCAUCGGUUGUGAUAAAUAGAUUUACUGCAAUCAUAGAGGCUGACUUGAUUGCUAAAUACCGUGCAACAUGUACUAAACUAGCUCUUUGUAUAACUUACAUGCAAGGUUUGCCGUCACUUGAUGGUUUGCAGCCGCCAAGUGAGAAAUUUCAUCAUUUACAACUUCUCGCAAGCGACUUCCCUAUACAAACUGGACUCGACGAAGUCCUUUUUCUUGGGGAAAAGAUAAAACAAAUGGUCAGAACGGCAGACGUUAAAAAGGCAAAUACAUUAUUCGAACUCAUACAGUUAUACUGUUGCUUGGCGACAUAUUGGGAGUUAUUUCUUUUGUACCGAUUCGCCAUUCAGUCCAGUUUUUCUGUUGAUGCCGGUUCAGUAAGCAGUGUCCUUAGCGCGCAGAAGACAAAUGACCGUGAUGUCCUAAGGUUUCUGUAUAAGCCUACAACGCGCAGUGUCAGACUAUUUCGUUGUUGUUUCCUUGAUAAUUGGUUAAUAUUAAAGCAAUUUCUUGACAGACAUAGACUUGUCACAGACGACCUUAGUGAGCUUAGUGGGAGAAAAUUCAAAAUAAAAUCUAUGAGAUUUGAAACCAAAUAUUUACGCCCAUGUACACUUCUACUAUUCCGAGAACAUCAUUUUCUUCUUCGCGACGAUUCAAACGAUGCCGCUGUCCAUAUAGAGUUUCGAGCCGAUCCUUAUAACCGCAAUGUUUUUACACUUUGGUCUCACUGUUAUCGACGACCGAGACAGGUAUAUUGUGAUAAUCUGCAUCAGUUGAGCAUUAGUGAAGGUGUUCCACCCGCUGGAUCCGAUUUGUGGUAUAUUUUGAGGGUGCAUCCUGAAACACCAAUGGAAAGUACUUGCUACAUGAUUUGGCUGGCAACUGACCACCAGUUAUGUCUUUAUGCCUAUUGGAACGGUCAUGUCGAUCUUACGUCAACUACAAAUCCAGGUCGGGAUAAGUUUUGGAUUUUUGAAAGGGUUCCGGAGUGACCACUACACAUAUUUAAAAAUGUGAAAUAAAAUCUUAGACUAGUUCUUCUAUGAUUAUAGACAUUUCACCUGAAUAUAUUUGAUAUACUUGGUAUAAGAAUUUAUGAAAUGAACAGGUUGUGAUUAUCAUCAAAACUGAUGUGUGUUAGAAAUAUGCUUUUUCAUUUUUUUACUAAUAUCAAGUUUUGUUUGUCGAAUAUUUGUUUAUUUUGAAAAUGUUUUCACAGAUUCAUACGUGAGUUUUAACCGUAAUGGGUGAAAAAAAUCGCGGCGCUUCACUAACGCUUAUAUACCAAUAAAAUGAAAUCAUCCGAAUAUAUGCAAUAGAAAGUACAUUCGAAACAUAUGUUUACGUUCUAUGUGUUUUGCCACGCAAAAUCAAUAGCAAAUGUAUAUAUUCGCAUCACUGUACGGACGAUUUGAUUUGUUGGCAGGAAAAUCCGUAUCGGAUCGUAGUGGGUCACACUCAGAUCUACAUAAAAAACUAUCGUAACAAUAAGUGCUUAUAGAAAUGUCAAAAUGGCAUCUAGGGGCAAUUUUGAAAAUAAAUAGAAAGGUUCUGUUUUUGUGUUAUUUUUUAUUAUUAUUUUAUUGUUUUUUAUGCGUUUCAUCUAGUAUGUAAAAUGUGAAAGUGUAUUAUAUUCGAUACUUUUCGUUAAUAUAUAUUGUGCUCAGAUUUGAUAUUUAAAAAACUGAUAAUUGCUAUGUAUGUAAAAUAAUCAUCUUCUUAGAAUAGAAUAUAUGUUAGAGAAGAUGUGUUUAACCUCUACACACUAUAUGUAUGAAUAAAUACAGUUAUGUAAUUUUAACACAUGUUUUAAAUACUAGCAGAUUUUAAAGAGAAGAUUCAACUUCCUAACUAUAUUUUUGUUUUGUUUUCGCUUAGUCAAAUUACACGUAUUCAGUGUUCAACAAAUGUCUGCAAUAUAAGUACAAUGUCGUGUAAUUUAUACAAAUAUCUUUAAAGAAGUGAUCCCAGGAAGCAUUAAAAACAGCAAAAUUACAUGAAUAUUGUAGACUUGAUUGAUUGAGUCUGUAGAUGUGGGAUAAUGAAAAUGUGCAACAUCCUGUACGCCCCUAGAACCGGCUUGAGCGCUACUCAAUUCUCAACACUUAAAAGUGAUGGACUCACUGAUCCCGAAGGACAAGAAAAAUAAAGCAACACUGAAGUGAAGCACUGGGAUGAGCAUAAUUUAUUGUAAAGGGUGAGGUAAAGAAUGUUUAACAUUCGUUUAUGUAAAAUAUGUCACACGGAACUGAUGCAAAAUAUAAAAUAUAAAGUCGCACGCCACCAGAUGUAUAAAAAUUCAAACUUUGUGAAAAUAUAUUAAUAUUUAUUUAGAAUACUAGACCUAUGAAGACCUUGUUGUUUCGUAGAAUAAGACAGAUAUUGUACUAUAUCUGUCAGUAUAAUUCUACCCCAUAACCAAUGUAAUAAGUCCCGUUUCUGCAUAUUGUGGGCGUUAUAGAUAAUUUUAGUGGAAAGCAAGUACAUUUAGCUGGAUUUAAUCACUUUGCUAGCAAGAAUUUUAAAAACUGCGACAAGUUAAACAUUUUGAUAAAAUAAAACUUAGAUCUGGAGGCGUGCUGCUUUCAAAUGUAUAACAUUUUUUUGUAAAUGUGUGCUUUAUUUAAAUCAUAAUAAAAUAUUGUACAGGAAUAAGAUGUUCUGGUUUGAUUGUCGGGUACAGAUUUGUCGGGGGUUACUCAAGCA